AUGUCUUAUGAUACGAAUAAGAGCCAGCAGGAGAAAGAGAACACAGCACUUGUUUCAUAUCGUCGAAAUGCACAUUUCGGAUCAUCUGUUCAAUACACGUCGUCGAUUGUGAUCAAUCUUCGACGAUUACAGAACGAUCUUAAAACUCAACACGAACACGAACGAGAAGCACUGAACGAGCUCAAUCAACGUUUCAGCGUUUUCGUCGAUCGCGUCCAAGCGUUAGAAUCACAAAACUCAAAGUAUCGUUCUGAGCUCGCUAAUCUUCGACGAACGUCAUCCGGUGAUAGCGGAAUUGACUUACAAUGGAAUGAACGUUAUUUCAGUGCACGCUCCGACUUAACCGCACUACAUCACGCAACGCUCGAUUGCGAAUCUGAUUUAGAUUGGUAUCACGCGCAAGUCGGAAUCUAUCAACAAUUGAUUGAUACAGAGCAGCAGUGGAGAGACAAACGUUUAGCCAAACUCGAACAAGAACUGAAACAAGCGGCAGCGGAAUUGAAUACGUUGCGUCUAUCGUACACAGAUUUAGAACGAUUGAGUAUAAAUCAGUACGGAGAACGCGACGAAGUCUUCAAGCAAUAUCUAGCAGUAUCCUAUGAUUUGUGCAAUGUGAAGAAACAACGAAAGAAAUGGAAUUUGAAUUUGGAAACGUUGAAAAAUUACAUUGCGUUCUAUAAAAAUAUACGAUCGUUUUCAGCAAAAAGUUAUGAAUCGACGGUUAUUAAUGUUGGUAACCCGGCAGAAUACUGGGCUGUCGAAUUGGAUGAAUCCAUCAAGAAGAUUCGUCGCGAUUUCGAAACGUUCUACGCGACAAUUUAUCGCGAAAUGACAACGUAUUACGAAACGAAAAUGGAAGAUUUAGACAAAGNCAAUAUUCCUAGAUGUGUUUGA